UCAUGACGGUGAUGACGAACGCGACGGAGAUCUCAGCGAGGUUAAACAGCACCUACAGGUGUGUGAGCUCCAGCACCGUCAGUCUGAGCGCCGAGGUCAACCUCACCUUCUCUGAUGUGCGCAUGGAGGCUUACAUGCGCGGAGCUAACCUCAGCACAGACGAGAGCGUUUGCAGUGCUGAUCAGACGGUUACGACCACUGCCCCGACUCAGUCGCCCAGAACCACCGCCGCCCCGUCUCCAGUCCCGCUGCCCGCUCCGGAGCGAGGAAACUAUACCCUCACCAACCGCAACGGCACCGCGUGUCUGCUGGCACUCAUGGGGCUGCAGCUCAACGUCACGCACCGCUCCAAAUCCCUGAACCAGAUGGUCAGCGAGGUCGUGAACCUGCAGCCCAACAGAACUACAGCCUCGGGGUCGUGUGGGUUCACUGUCGCCACACUGGUGCUGACGGAGGAUCUCACCAACCUCACCUUCACCUUCACACUGCGCCUCUGCAGUGGUCAUGUGCAUCAGGACUCCGUCACUGAGGGGCCAGUUAUCAGCGUCCAGCUUCAGGGCCCCGAGGCCCCCGAGAGCGGCCAGUUCCUGCUGGAUCUGUUUCCCGGAGAUGCACAUUUCCCACCGGCCCGUAUGGUAUCCCAGCGCGUCUCCCACUCCUCCGAGAACCAUCGCAGCCUGGAACUUUUCCAUGAAGGUGCUGGAGAUCCUACAGCAUCAGAUCGAGCUCCGGAAGGGCCGGAGGACACAGUGAGAGUGUGUGAGCCCAGCCCUCUGUUUACUCCUGCAUGGCUUCAUCAUCUGAACUCGCUCCAGACUUUAUCAGCAGCUCUUUGUGUGGCGGCGCUGAGCUGCGAUCAGGUGUCUCCUAAAAAGGCAACAGCCGUGGCACCAGGGUAA